GCCAUGGUUAUGACGUUAUCUCAGCUUUAGCUAUCGGCUAGCAGCGAGCAGUCGCUGGCGGAAAAGGAGUCGACCAAAUCUUUGGUGCCAGUAUGCUGCGCAACAUAGCGCCUCCUUCGCACGCCUCCCUCAAACACCAGGGCGUACGCAAUAUCACUUUGCCCACCACGAUUGGAACCGCGACGACACAGAACGUCCCAGCCGACGAUAUGGCGAGCGAGCGCUCCCUCCCCAUCAACGAACUUUGCAACGGUCCAUAUUCGACCCCAAUCCCUCCGAGGAAAAAAACGCCUCCCAAAAAGCUUUACACCCGAAGCCCGAUUCCUUUUAAACUCCGCUUACAUCGACGCGAGCAGGGCCAAUGCUGCAUCAGGACAGAAAAGGUGAUAAAAAUGCACGGCUCCAGCAGGUCGAAGCUGGGUUUCAGCGACUAG